UUGUUUGUAUGAUCACAGUGGUAUCCUUUUAUGGGCAUUCCAGUAAGAGGAUGACGUAUGCUCACCAGUAAAAACGAGACAAAUUCCUUUUCUCCCCGUGGAACAUUUAUAAAUGUCUUAUUUAUGCUUUGAACAUUUCUGUGUAGCUAAAUCUUCCCUUGCAUAGUUUGUGUCUGUUCCCAAAGCCCUUCCCCUUUUGCAAGGAACAAAAGGAAGCAUGACUCAAGGGGGAGAUGAUUAUCUGAGCUGCUGGGAGCUGAGCAGCCGCAACGGAAAGGAGAUGUUGAAGGGUGCACACAUUGAAAGUUGUUCCCUGUCUCCCGUGGCUACUGCGUUAGCUCAAUGAGCAAUGAGAACCAGAUUGAUGGUCUGGAUGGAGAACUCAAAGUCAACUUCUAAGCCCCUCUAAUGGUUGAAGAGCCAUAUUCUUCGUUGUGAUAUUGUUCUUCAACAUUCGACCCACCUCAUCUGGACACCAUGAACACUUCUGCCCAACCACCCUCCAACGACACCCCAAUCUGCUACACCAUUAACAAUCCUCCGUUCACAUUUGUGCCCACCAUCGCCUCAGCCUACUUCUCUUCCAUCUUCAGCGUGCUGGGUAUCACCUCCAAUCUCAUCGCCUUUGUGGUUCUUAUCAAGUCAUUCCAGCGGACUCACAGCAGCUCACGUUCAUCCUUCCUCAUUUUCCUGGGCGGCCUAGUGGUCACUGACUUCAUGGGUCUGCUGGUCACGGGCAGCAUUGUGGUCUCCUUUCACGUGACACACUUCAACUGGCGCAAUUUAGACCCACACUGCCAUUUCUGCAACUUCAUGGGCAUGUCCAUGGUCUUCUACGGACUGUGCCCGUUGCUGCUUGGUGCCGCAAUGGCGUUGGAGCGCUUCAUUGGGAUCACCCGUCCAUUUACACGCAGCACCACCCUGCCCAAGAGGCGAACGGUCUUCAUGUUGUUGCUGGUGUGGUUCACUGCCGGCUGCAUAGCGUUGUUGCCUCUGACAGGAGUCGGGAGCUACCACAUGCAGAUGCCUGGCUCCUGGUGUUUUUUCAACAUUAGCUCAGAGGGCAGCGACCUGACCUUUUCUCUGCUCUUCUCCAUGCUCGGUUUGACAUGCAUCGCUGUGUCCUUUGUGUUGAACACCGUGAGUGUCGUGACGCUGAUCAAGGUGUGCUGUGGGCAGGAUAAGAUGCAACGUCCCCGUGAUCAGGAAGUGGAAAUGAUGGUGCAGCUCAUCCUGAUCAUGGCCAUCGCUUCCAUCUGCUGGUGCCCGAUGCUGGUCUUUAUUGCACAAACUGUGCUGAGUGGACAUCCUCUCCAGGUCAUAUAUCUUUUGCUGUGGCUGCGCUUUGCCUCCUGGAACCAGAUCCUAGACCCAUGGGUGUAUAUCCUGUUUCGCAGGGCGGUUUUACAGAGAGUCUACCCCCGCAUGGACUGGUCCCAGUGGUCUCAAUGGUCCACCUUAAACCAAUCAUUCAGGAGCACCAUUAACAGAUUAACACGUUCUUCUUCGCUUGGAAGGCACCUUAGCUCAGAUGAAAUGGGACAGAAUGAAAAAUUGAAUGAAACACCCCAUACACUGUAGCACUUCUUCUUCCUCUUCGAUGGUUGAGUUCUGGUUUAGAGACCAGAAGAAGCCUGUCCAUAGUAAUGAUCUGUUUUGAAGUCAGUGCUGGUCCUAUUUUGAAUGACACCCUCCUCAAUAUCCCCCUUUUGACUGCUGCACCACCACCGACACACACACACACACACACACACACACACACACACACACACACACACACACUAUGAUGUAAAAAACUGGAGUGGACAAUAUAUAUUAUUUAAAAUGUCAUGGAUUAUAAUCAGGAAGAAUACUGCAACAGCAAGGAAUCUAGAUUUAGUGAAACAGAGAAAAACACAUUUUGCAAUUUAUAAAUGAAAAUAAAACUUAGGGGUACUCUAUUGUAAUAACUUUUCCUUUGUCUCGCAGUGUGUUUGCUGGUCUUUCAUAUUCACUAUUAGACUGUCAAAUUAGAUCAGAAGAGCCUUCUGGCCUUCCUGGAUGAAAAAUCGCCUAUGAUGGCUCUCUUCAAUUAAUGCCUCAGAUCUUGAAAUCAGUUCAAGGUUAGAAUUAAUUAUUGAUUUGCAGUAUGUAAUUAGCAAGAGGCUAAUAAGAGGCACACUCUGCUAAUAUUGUAAAUGUAACUUGAGAGGAUAUGAACAACAUUGAGUUGGAUCCCUCACUCCCCAAAAAGGCAACAUAUUAUAUAGUCAAUAGAAUGAAGCUGUUCUUUGCAAGUUUCUUCUCUUUCAAAAUGUUGCACCUGAAUGACAUUGAACCAUUUCUUCUCCAUUUUUACGAGAAUAACAAGUAUAACUUCCAUUCCCCAUUAUUCCACAAGGCUUUCCCAACCCAGUAUCAGUUCUGCAGAGGGUGUCUGCACAUUACACAGUUACGGUAUUCACAGACAUUUCAAUAAGAGUAAAGUAUGUAUACAUUUCUUUUUACGUGGACAAAAAUAGUCAUUAGAAACAUAACAAAACAAUCACUGGCAACGCAAUGUAAAUACAGAAUACUAUAAUAUAUUGCAAUUAAAUAUAAAGCAAUGCUUAUAAAGCAAAGCUGAUUUUUCCAAUCACAUCAUUUGCAACUCGGGGCACAGGCCUCAGCGGCCUCGCAGAGGCGAAAAAAAGCAAGAAGAGUCGGUAAGAACCCAGUUAGAAUAAAAGCAGACGGACACCACUAAAGAAAAUGCUCCACAUGUAGCCCAGUGUGAUAAGUAUUGUAAGUCAGUUCCCCACAAUGCGGAAUUGUCAGGCAACCUCUUGAUCAAAAACAUGAACCAAUAUUCUGCUGUGGUUAGCUGCAACACAUACACCCUUUGAACUUUGGACAAGUGGGACUUUAUGCUUUGCAAAGGCACACGUUCACAUUUUAUACAUUUGGGGAUGAUCAAGUUUCUGUUUUCAAAUGCAUGAAUGCACGACUGUCAGUUAAACAGUACUGUAUAUGCAUUGGUUGGAAAGAAAAUUCCAAAUUGUGCUACUGAAGAGAGCACUUUGAAAUGAGUAUUUAAUGAAUAAAUAGUAAUGCUGUACAUGCCUGUGGAAAAAAAUGUGGUACAUCUUUAUUAAAUGUGGGAUACUUAGGCUACUAUAUUUGCAUGAACACUCAGAUAACAACUAACAUAUGACAAUAUGACCCAGUGGAAGAUAUAAAUGCAAAUAUUUUCCGACAUAUUUUCCAGGAGCAGAUUAUAAGACAUUUAAGCACCAUGAAACUACGCAUGCUAGUUUUGUCCAAAGUCCUGCUUAUGGUCUUAAAUGUGCCACUGGGAACUGUGGUAUUCUGUCUUUUAUUUCUACUUUCCAAGAUGUUUGUACUUUGUAUGUUUUGAGAAAUUGUGAGUGGAAUUGCUGCCUUUUAAACUCUAUGCAAAAUAAAAGAUCAAUGUAUUG